AUGACGGAGUCAGAGGGCCUCAAGGGGUCGGAUCUGCUGACCGCCUUCGUGGUGCGCCGGGUGCUCCCUCUUCAAGGCCAGCCUCACCUGAUCAGCCGGAUGAGUGGGCAUAGAGACUCGUGCCAGAUGUCCACCAAGGAGAUGCCAAGCACGGAGGUGGCCCGACUGGUGAACUACAUCUCGAACUUCCGUCAUGAUGUAGAUCUUCACAACCCAGUUGCAGCCGACGCCCUGGAGCAGGGCCAGGAGUACCUGCCGGACCGGUCGAUGAGCGGCUCGGGAGGAGGCGGCUCCAGAGGAGGCGGCCUCGAGGAUUGGUCGAAUGAUGAAGAGGAGGAGAACGAGUCGCGCCGCCCGUCGGUUGCUGGCAAGGCGGGCGCGAGCUCCUCCGCCGCGCCGACCGCACCAGGCGGCGCACCAAAGCGCCAAGCCGGCGCGCCGCUGUUCGACAACCAGCCGAAGAAGCCCAAGAGCACGGCCGCAAUGACCAGGCGGGAGGAGGCCGCCGCGAAGGCGGCCCGGCUCAAGAAAGCCCCGAAGCAGCCGCCGAUGGUGUCUGCGGCCCCGCUCUCUCUUGAGCGGGCGGCCUCUGGCUCCGUGAUCGGGGCGGCUGAGGGCUCCACCAACACCCACCGCGUAGACCCGCUCGCCGACCUCCAGGAGGCGAUGGAGAGGAACGCGCAGGAGGCGCGCGAGGAGCGGGAGGAAGCGGAGCGGCAGAGGGAGGCGGCCAAGUCGGCGCAGGAGGAGGCGGACGCGGCGGCCAAGGCCCAAGCCGACGCCGCGACUAAGGCCCAGGCGAACGCCGCGACCAAGUCCUGGGCGGACGCGGCCGCCAAGGCGAAAGCGGAGGAAGCCGCACGCGGCCAGACUCCACAGCUUAUCGUCCCCCUGCGCUCCGCACCACCGGCGCCAGGGAUCCCGGCGCCGACUGGAGGAGCCGGCAAUGAGCAGCCGGUCAUGGAGAGGGAAGGGGGCGACGCUGUCAUCUUUAGGACGGAGGUGCUCCAGCAAGCGCCGACUGCCGAGGCCCAGGGCAGUCGGCCUGACGUGCCGCCGACGCCUCAAGUUGGUAGCGAGCUAGUGGUGCGAGCGACCCCCGUGGCUCGCACUCCGGUGCGCAGCCGUGCGGCGAAGGCGAUUUCGGCACCACGACUGCGGGAGAUCAGGGCCUAA